AUGGCCGAAAACUACCAAGUCAUGGAGGAGCUGGGCAGUGGGAGCUUUGGAAAGGUGUUCAAGGCCAUUGACCGUACUACCGGCGAGACGGUCGCUAUCAAGCACAUCGACCUCGAAGACAGCAGCGAGGAGCUGGCCGACAUCCAGGCCGAGAUUUCACUGCUGAGCACAUGCCACAGCCCGUAUAUCACCGAAUACAAGACCAGCUUUGUCAAGGGCGUAAAGUUAUGGAUAGUCAUGGAAUAUCUGGGCGGAGGAUCGGCCGCAGACUUGUUGGCACCAGGAACUUUCAGCGAAGCCCACAUCGCCAUCACUUGCCGAGAACUCCUGCUUGGACUAGACUACCUACAUUCCACCGGCAAGAUCCAUCGGGACAUCAAGGCCGCCAACGUACUACUCACAGACCAGGGCAAAGUCAAGCUCGCUGACUUCGGUGUCGCCGCACAACUCACAAACAUCAAGUCGCAACGCAUGACGUUUGUCGGUACACCGUUCUGGAUGGCACCAGAGGUUAUCCAAGAAGCUGGCUAUGAUUUCAGGGCCGAUAUCUGGUCACUCGGUAUCACCGCUAUGGAGUUGGCAGAGGGCGCACCACCACAUGCUGGAUCACAUCCCAUGAAGGUGCUCUUUACUAUCCCGAAGAACCCAGCACCAAGGCUAGAGGGCGAUGAGUGGAGCAAAGACUUCAAAGACUUCAUUGCCCAAUGCCUGAUCAAAGACCCGGACCGACGUGCGACCGCCAAGGAGCUUCUCAAACAUCGAUUUGUCCAGCGUGCGGGCAAGGUGGAGGCACUGCGUGAACUGGUCGAGCGCAAGCAGAUGUUCGACGCCCAAAGGGAACAGCAAGCGGCAUCGCACCCCAAAUACUAUGAAGAGACCAUGGUUGAUCUUUCCCCUAGAGCUGAGGAAGACGAUUGGGACUUCGACACUGUUAAGCGGGGUACUGUUCAGGCACGGCAGACUAUGAAACAGCGUCGCAAACUGGCCCGUAUACCCUCCUCUGGCAAUGAAGAGGUUGAGAGUAUGAUGCAACGAAUGGAUCUCAAUGCAGCACCUUUGGGUGACAUUACUGAUUCACCACUUCCGGCACGCCGACGGCCGUCUUCUCGACGAUCUUCCCAAGCCACGGCUUUCCGUGUUCCUUCAGGCGAUACGCCCACCGCUCGUCGCGUCAGCAACUUCAACAAGUCGCCCCUAGGCGUUGACAUGACAUUCGGAAACUCGCCCUCGACUGUGCGGCAUUUCAAACGUGUCUCCUCGGACGAGCGCCGUGCAGCACUCCGCUCAAAUCCUCCACUAGUAGCCCAGAACAAUCAGUCUUUCCAACCAAAUCCCGAAGCACGAACCUUCCGUCCAUCACCUCCGACAUCUAAUCAUCCACUGGAUCUGAACAACGAGAACGAGCCGCCUGCUCCCGAUGGUCAUAUGCCUAUCACGAAGGAUGCCCUUUACGGUCGCCGAGCGUACAGCAAGGUCCUAGAUUCGGUUUUCCAGGAGGCACAUGCCGAUACAGCAUCGCCUCAUCAACGGGACGCUAUCGGACGUGUUGCGCAAGCCUGGCAGCAUCUUGACGAGGUCGAUCCGCACGGGGAGUUCAUGCUAUUGAAAGCCAUGGUCGACCGUCUCAAGAAUGACACCAAGCUUGCGUACGCUCUCGGCAUCGAAGUCUCAGCUGUGCAAUCACCGUUGAAGCACAACACCAAGACAAGUGAUACUAGUUUGGGUGGCACAACUGUCCAUGGCGCUGGCACAACACGUAUCCGGUCUAGUACUACAAGUGCGGCCACUUCAACCGUCAGUAAAUCUUCGGAAGAGUACGACCACACACCGAUAUCAACACCGACGCGGAACAACACACCCAUCGCCAAUUCAGGCUCUCCGUUGAAGGGGCCUAAGCUGGUGAUGGCGAAGAACAACCCUCACCUAAAGUCACAUAAGCGCCGUCAAAGCGCAUUUGUAGUUGGCGAAAAGGGGUUCGGUGCCGACGGCCACGGUUAUUUUGAUGAGAAGAAGCUACCUGGCUAUGUCGAGCCUGGUAUGGAGCAACAAGGGUUGCUAGCUGACAUUCUUUAUGGGCAAUGGACACAAGGCCUGCGCACUCGGUGGCCUAUCGCUUAA